AUGUCGGACAACACAACUGCUGCUACUACUCCCAACCCAGAUGAUUUGAAAUUGAUUCACAACACAGAGCGUUGCGUCGAAUCUGUCCUCAAGAAGACUACAUACGGUGCUUUGGCUCCACUGGGUCUGUUGCUGUUCACAAGCAAGUUAAAGGUUGUUGGAACAUUCAUGGUGUUUGGAGCAGGUAUUGGUCUGGGAAUGGGCGUUAACGAUUGCACAAGAGGAAGAAUGGCUUGUCGCGGAAGCAGUGUUGUUUGUCCAAGAUCAAAGCAGGCUAAUGCCACCACACCAGCCCCCUCUGCCAAGUCAAUCACCUCUGCAGAGCCAGAGAUCAAGUUUGACUCUGUGCCCAAGUCCGAAUCACAUUAA